AUGAGCCGAUAUCGAGGGGUCGUGGCAACAGGGGGACAGCAAGAUUUUGUCGCUGGCGGCGAGGUGGGUGGCGAGGAGGCGGAGGAGGAGGAAGAGAACAAAAAAACGGGAGCUGAGGCGGCAGCAGGAGCAGGACAUCAAGCCACCCACCGGCCUUCAGCCUACUGCCGCCCCGGCGGGCUCCAGCCGUUCCCUUCGCAGGGCCCGCGGGCCACCACUGCAGUCUUUGCGUUUUUGUUUAUGAAGCGGGCUUCCUCCAAGGGCCAGCUGUGGGCCGCGCGUGUGCGAGGCGCGGAGGCGUGCAGCACGCCUGUUGCUCACAGAUCGCAUGCAGUUUAA